AUGGUUCGAAGUACUACUAAAGCUACUGGGAGUACUAGGACGACUAGGUCAGCUGUAGCGAAAAAAGCUGCACAUGUUGAAUCAUCAACAUCACCACAAGCAGACUCCUGCAAUCCAUCAGUCCAGCAAACAGCUUUAUCAUCAUCAGAGAUUGAUACUAUUGUUGAGCAGAAACGACUUCAAAGUGGAAGAAAUCCAUUUGGUAUACUGUAUGAAUCAGAAUCUACUUUUCUGACUAAACCGAAUGGGAAUGCUCGAGGUGGACUGAGAGGAAGCUUUGGUGGGGACGUGCCAGUGGAAGGGUUUUAUCCAGGCAGUCAAUUAGCAAGCCCAGGUAUGUCGCCUGUAUAUGCCCGAUCACCAGGAACACUAUCCAAGACGCCUGGUGUUGAUUUAGUAGGCUGGAGCAUUGGGUAUGAAAAUGACAACUACACGCUUGAAUCUAUCCGGACAUCAGAUAUGGGGCCUGUGUUGAAUGAUGUUGAUGAUGGGUAUGUAUCUCCAUCCAAUAGGUCAUUGAUUGCUGGAAGCAAACUAUCUCCUUCAAGACAAAGCAAAAGGGCAGUUUCAGUUAAUAUUACUCCCAUUACAGACGAGUCUGCCAAUGGUUCUAGUAUUGUAGCUGAAUUGGACAAGAUACAACAUCCACUUGAAUUCAAGCUUGCACAACCAACUGUACCUGUCAAGACUGUACAAAAGCAUAUAUCUGUAGCUCAAGAUACAGAGGACGAUGAUACAUAUGGACUGUGUAAUUGGGCCAAGACAGCAGCGGCUACAGCAGCUAUUCAGGACGCAUCUACCUCGAUAGCAGCACACACGAGCAAGUAUAUAUCACGACACAUGCUUCCACAACCACUUGAAAAUAUAUCAGUAAUAGAUAGCGAAAGCAGAGCAUCAUACUCGGGAUCAUCACCACUGGAGGCUGGCUUUGGAUCUGAGCAGGAGUUUGGAGGAUCUAGCCUAAUACCAAAGCGACCGACAGAUCCAUUUGAAAAUAUUCAACUAGGACAGCAUGGAGGAAAGCGAAAGGUUGAUAGCAAAGCAAAGACAGGAUCAAAGAAACCCAGCAAGAAGCUGAUGACGGUAAAACGAGGUUUCAAGAGUGCAGCACAAAAAAGCCGAGCAGAGAUGGUUAGUCAUGUACACCAUGACCAAGAAAAUGAAUCGGUGGAUUUAAAAAAACAGACGGUACGACGAAGCACACGGAUAGCACGAGGUCAAAGGCACGCAUCAUGA